AAAGAAACAAGUUCAUCACAAGAAGUAAUUAAGAGUUAAAAACCAGUAUCACUCCCACUCCCAGUUAGCCCCUUCUGCAAGAAAAGCUAAAAAUGAAGCAGUUCUCUCUUGUUUUGUUAGGUCUUUUCCUAAUAACUCUAUUCCUCGGAAACAUCAAACCCACUGAAGGGUCCUUACGAGAUCCUUUCAGAGUCUUGGAGCAAUUCCCAUUAGGUUUUGAUAGAGAUCAGAGCGUGGCUCUGUCUCCAGCGAGAGUUGACUGGAAAGAAACACCAGAGGAGCAUGUGAUCAGGCUCGAUGUUCCUGGGAUGAAGAAGGAUGAGGUAAAGAUCGAAGUGGAGGAGAAUCGGGUUGUGCGAGUAAGCGGCGAGAGGAAAAGAGAGGAAGAGAAAGAAGGAGAUCAUUGGCAUAGAGUUGAAAGGUCUUACGGUAAGUUCUGGAGACAAUUUAGAAUGCCUGAUAACGUGGAUUUGGAUACUGUCAAGGCCAAGCUUGAGAAUGGUGUGCUCACUAUUACCAUCAACAAGCUUUCCGCAGACAAAGUCAAGGGUCCAAGAGUUGUUGACAUUGCGUAUGAAGAGGACCAAACUGGUAAACUAAGCUCUUCUGAGUCCCAAAAGGAGUUCUGGUUGAAUCCAUAAUCGAGUAUGAUGUCUUGUAAAAUCUCUGUAAAUGCAAUAAAU